AUGUUAGGCAUUGAUCGCGCCGGUCUGGUGGUUGCGGAAGCUGCGCGGGCGCGGCUCCGGAAGGAAGUCAGGCGCGUUCUCACUCAGCUGUGGAAAACGGAAUCACUAGCAAACGUGCGCGAGAGUACCGCGGGCCGGGGAGGGGUGCGCACACCUGGCCGCCGCAGCUGCGGCGCGGAUCUCACGCGCAGCUUCCUUACCGCGCAUGCGUGCACACGCAUUAUGUACAGCUUGGUACAUGCUAUGGCUCUUGAUUAUAAUAAAAAACGUAAGAUUAAACCCGAAGGCACAAGGAAAAAUUUUACAGCGCACUCGACGCAAAACGCCGAGUCACCGGCGCAGGCGCAGCGGUCGUGGGGCGACGGCUUUGAUGCAAGCCGACGUUCGACAUCGCCCGAUAGCCAACAAAACGACAAGCUUGGUGUUAUUCUUGAA